UUGAAGCGCCGACAGUAGCCAGCAUGUUCGUAUGUUUUUUCCUUCUGAUACUACUGGCUGUAUCUUCAUAAUCAACAGGGAUGGGAACGCCUGUAGUGAUCUCUGAGAAGGAGCAGCCCCUGAGGAGCGGGCCGUGACGCUGCAAAGGCGAUGAGGUCGUCUAGCUUUCAGCCGCUCCGAGUUGUACAAUGAAGAAGAUAUUUAACUUCACCAAGAAAAAAAAGUUCCCGUCCAACACUUCUGACAACGGAAGCACGACUUCCGGGGGUGGAUAUGAUUUAAAAGAAAAGGACCUGGGAAAGCUGCACAAGGCGGCCCUGCUCGGUGACGUCCCAAAGCUGGUGCAACUCGCCAAGAAGAAUGACAUUAAUCAGCUGGACAAGGAGAACAGAACACCUCUCCAUAUCGCGUGUGCCAGCGGGCAUGUCGAGGUGGUCCAGUUCCUCCUGGACAGCAAAGUCAAACUCAACCUAUGUGACAAUCAAAACCGAUCCGCCUUGAUGAAGGCGGUGCAAUGCCAGCACGAGCGCUGUGUGAGCACGUUGCUGGAGGGCCACGCCGACCCCAACCUGGUGGACAUCAACGGGAACACGGCGAUGCACCUGGCCGCCAACAUCCCGUCCAGCUCCACCGCCGCCCUGCUGCUGGAGCACGAGGCCAGCAUCAACGCCCAGAACAAGGAGGGCUUCACACCCUUGGCUGUGACCAUUCGGGAGAACCACGUGGAGAUGGCCGAGUUCCUCCUCAAAGAGGGCUCAGAUUUGAACAUCACAGAGCAGGGUCAAAGGUCGCCGUUGAUGAUCGCCGCAGGGAACGGCCAGAUCAGCAUGGUGCGACUGCUCCUGCAGUACGACGCAGAAAUCUCACUGAAGGACAGCAAGGGCUGGUCCGCCGACGACCACGCCGUCAUCAACGGACAUCAUGCUUGUUCCCACCUCAUCAUCGAGCACGGCACCAUGAGGAACGGCGGGCCCUCUCCAUCGCACCAAGCCCCCAGCAAAAGGAAGAAGAAAGGUGGGCUGGGAGGUCCCUCCCACGGGGCAGAAGCAGGCUUCUCUCUAGGGGGACCAGCCAUCGACAAAGACGAGCAUGGAGCGCAUGCAUCAGGGAGAGAUGCAGAGGAUAAUUCUCAGUCGGAGUCAGUCAGCAGGCCUUCAGUGAGUGCGGCGGACGACUGGCCAUCGUCGGAUGGGGACGAUGAUGAAUUGGAUUUGAUACCAAAGAAACAGCCAAAGCUAAACCUGAAGAAAUUGAUUGCCUCUAAGAAGGGCGGGACCGCUGGAGAGGGCGGAGGGGAGCCGGGAGAGGGUGAGUUGUCGGAGCAGGCUUCGGGUAGUAGGCCCAGAUCUCCAGGACAAGGAGGACCCGAUGGAAGUCCCGAGGCGGUCGACUCUGAAGGGGAAAAUGAGGACGAAGAGGAUGAUGAAGACGAGGAGGGCGAUGAUGAUAAUGACGACGACGAUGAAGAAGAGGAGGAGGAGGAGGAUGACGAUGAGGAGGAGGAAGAAGAAGAAGAUGAAGACGAUGAGGAAAGUGAAGAGGAGGAGGAGGAUGUGGAGAGCGAGGAAGAGUGUGAGGGAGAGGAGGAGGACAAAAGUGCGGCCUCGGUACUAGAUGAGUCCAUCGGUAUCGAGACUGAACAUUCUGGUAAAGGUAACCCAGACCUAACAGGUGAUGGUGGCCAAAAUCAACCUGAGAAUUGCUUUUCUGAUAUCAAAGUAACCGAGUCUGGUGUUGAGAGUGUGGGGCUUCCAGAUAAUGAGAAAGCGUUUUCAGAGGCAGAAGGUGUCGGUGAGACUGGUUCGCCUGGGAUACCAAACUAUAGGAUGCCAGCGAACCUAGAUAUAGCGGGAGACUGUGUUGUUUCAGCUAUCAGAGUAGAGUCCAAUUUCUCAGAUGAAGAAGAAAGUGUUCAGUCCGCAGAUCCAAAUAUACAACCAGGCGAAGGUGCAACAGGCGGCAAUACACCCAUUCAUAGCCCACCAAUUCUGCCCGCCGCUCAGAAUGUGGAAUUAGUUCAAGAGGACAACGGCGAUGGUGAAGAUUGGUCCUUGACAAGUAAAGGGCACAGCGGAGAUGGUUCUUGGAAGGACAGUGAUGAUGAUGCCCUAGGUGAUCAGGAGGCCGUGAAGCAUGGCCGCAACACGGUCCUCUCUCAACGAAGCCACAUGUCGGUAGAGGGGAUGAGGGAGGAGACAUGUGAUGCUGCAGACUCGGAAAUACCUCUGACCAAAGUGGAACGACGGCGCUCGUCAUGGGGCUCUUCGAUACAUGGCGACGGCGGUGAGCGAGAGCAGGACCCUCCUGAUCUGGAUAGACCAGGUGUGGAAUCAGAGGUAGUACCUGCUCAAAGCGCGUCUCCAUUAGCAAAUGAGGCAUCCUUGUGGGAUUCUUCAUCCCAACCGGAGGCUCCCUCAAAAUGCAAUUCCCCCAAAUCCCAGUUGGGGGAACCAACGUGUCCCGUGGAUUCCCCGUUACCAAGCUGCCCCGACUCGCAGCAAAGACCAGAAUCAAAGCUGAAGGAAGCAAAGUCCGAGUGGGAUUCAUCCUCAGACGAUGACGAAGGCGACCAAAAAAAGGAACCCUCUUGCACCGAAGAUGCAGAAUUAAAUGAGGAAAGGAACAGGGUUACUCAUGAUGUCUUCCCUCUGGUGUCACCAGAGCCUCAGGACGAAGAGAGGCCUAACUCCCAAGCAUUAGACGGUAACGUUGAAAUAGCCACCAUGUCUCCAGAAGUUGAGGAAUGCCUGGGCAAUCAAAAUGACCAUGAUGAUGAUAAUAGCUGGGAUGACCGUGAAGAUGAUUCAAAUAAUGAGGUAGAUGGACCCGUUUCGCCGACUCAAGAUAGGAGUGAAAACUCGCCGCAAACAAAAGAAAAGGAACUUAGUGUAAGUCCCCCUCCACUCAAGUUAGGGCAAGACGAAGAUGAUGGGCAAGACGAAGAUGAUGGGCAAGAUGAAGAUGAUGGGCAAGACGAAGAUGAUGGGCAAGACGAAAAUGAUGGGCAAGACAAAGAUGAUCGGCCUGCUGAAGAUGUGGAGAGCGGGUCCGCCACACAAAGAAACUCAGUCUCCCCAAUAGUAACCCCUGCAGCUGUCCUCCACGAGAACGAUGGGGAUAAAGAAGAUGAAUAUGACGGUGACGAGUCGCCCCCGGUCUCCAUGAUCGAGGGAAACGAAUCCGACGAGGACUUCAGCGGCGAUCCUGAAGACCCGCUCUGCGGUACCACCAAAGGCUCUCCCAAAGCAGAGGAAGAAAGUGAGGAUUCCGACAGCCGGGCCAAGCAGCUGAAGUACGAUUUCGCCAGUGCCACAGUCCAAGGGGCCGUGCCGUGCGGUGACGACUCCGACAGUACUGUGGGCGAAGGUCCGGAGGACGAAGCUCCUGGAGAGAGGGCGUACGAGGUGUGCGAGCCCCGGUUAACAUCCUAUGCAGCACUAGGCGGUGAGGAUGACCUCAUCCGCAAGAACAUAUCAGGGCUGGGGGAACACCACGAUGUAGACCAUGAGAAGGUGGACUCAUGCGGUUAUGCUUCCGCUAAAGUGCAGAAAGCUGUCGAGUCCGACAGCCACGGCUUCUCUGAUGAGGAGCUACCUACGACUGACAUCGACGACGUCGAUGUUGACUCUCCACACGAGGCAGAGGACUUGAUCAAAGGAAGUCCCCGAAUCGGAAAGACAGCAAAUCUUGUCAAACAGAAUGAAGACUUAAGCGAUGAUGGAGAGGAGGAAUCUGGUGAUGAGGAGGAAGAAGAUGAGGAAGAUGAUGAGGAGGAAGAGGAAGAAGGUCUCACAUCAGAAAAUGACCAGGAUGAGGAGGUGAAAGACACCCCCCCAGCUGUAGCAGCCCCCUCUCAAGAACCCGGAGUCUCAAAGGAUAGUCGAAGGGAUUUUCUCUCAGAGUUGGGCCUGGAAAAGGAAGCGGAGGAAGACGAUUCUUGGGAUUCUGAGUCCCACUCUGAAAACUCUCGUGCUGGAAAAAGUCUUCCUCGUCCUAAAGAGCGAGCAGCGAUUUCUGCUCUUGGAAAGAACAACGGAGAAGACGUCUUUUAUAUCCCCUCUUACUUGAGUGGGGAAGUGAGCAGUAAGGGGACUUUUCUAGAGCCUUGGAGAGGUGUAGACAGGCCAAGAGACAGCCAGGGCGCGGUUGUCAGUGCCACCGGUGAUGGCAACGAGGUCGAAGCACAGCAGGACGAGGUGGCUCCACAGAACGAGAUUGACAGGGCAAAGUGGGAGCCACUGUCUGUCCUCAAUAAACUGGAAGCAGGAAAUAUGAAAACGGAUCUGAUGGAGGAGCUUGGGCUGGGAGACGUUGAUGACCUUGAAGCUCAAAAUAAAGACGCCUCGGACUGGGACUCCACCAGUACGGCCAGCAGGAGGACACUCCCCGGGCGCAGGGUGCCGUCCCCCGGCCACCCAGCACCCUCCGCCGCUCAGCCCCAGGUCCCCGCCGCCGACCCCCUGGUCCUCCACAAGGUGGCUGCCGCCGCCGCCACCGCCGCCGUGAGGACGUCUCCACCCAGUCCCCUGACCCGGUCCCCCUCUUCUUCAUUCCAGUCCCAAGCCCGGCCCCAACACCAACCCCAGACCCAGACAGAACCCCAGACCCAGACAGAACCCCAGACCCAGACGGAACCCAAGACCCAGACGGAACCCAAGACCCAGACGGAACCCCAGACCCAGACAGAACCCCAGACCCAGACGGAACCCCAGACCCAGACGGAACCCAAGACCCAGACAGAACCCAAGACCCAGCCAGUACCCCAGAACCAGAGAGAACCCCAAACCAACCCGGAACCCCAGAUCCAAACUGAACCGCAUACCCAGUCAGAACCCCAGACCCAGCCACAACCCAAGCCUCAACCUAGAGCCAGGAAGCUGCUCCCCCUGAAAUUGGACAGUGAUGAAGAGUCGGACUGGGACUCGGACAACGGGACCUCUCCUUCGCCGGUUAAAUCCGAAAGGCAGCGGCCAAAUCUACUUGAGAUUAAGACCUCCUCCGGCGUAGCAGGUAUGUCAGGCGAUGAGUCUCCUUCAGAUCCUGAGGGCAGCCCACAGCCAGAGGAGCAAGCUAAGCAGGAGAGAGAAAGCCCAUCCGGGAUAGUCCCUGACAUGUCGUCGGACUGCGAACGGAGGGAAACCGCAGAGGAAAUCCCACCUCAGGAAAGCCCAGAGCCCCACCGGGAACCACGUGGAUCCACCGGGGAGUACCCGUGGGAAAACCGAUUCGAGAAACUGUGGGUGGAGGUGGAGACGAAAGAGGUGAAAGCCACCUUCAGGGACGUGGCCGCCGAGCUGAGGCAGAAGUUUGGAGAGCUACCUCGGCAGGGCAGUCUGCCUCCUGCCGACGACCCUCCCGAAGACCCUCCCGACCCGGGACAGGGGCCGACCGGCCUGGAGUUCCCCUCGGCGGAUGAGACGUCGAGUGACGACGACGAAGAGGAGGAAGAUGAGGGAGGGGAGCCUAUAAUGAGGCCCUUGGCGAUGGCCCGGAGCGCGGCCCUUCGCACCAUACCGGAACAGAGGGAGUCAGGCCAGGAGGACUCCCUGAGCGAGGCCAGCACUAAGGCCUCCAAACCCCCUGAUGGCGACCACCUCAACCAGGGAGGUGCUGCUCCAGGCGUCCUGAGUGGAGAUCCGGACAUUUCCGAGAGCAGCCGUUCUCCGUCGCCACGACCCUCCGAAGGAUCUCACACCGUGGAUCACGGAGACUGCAGGGACGGGCCGUUGCCACCGGCGGCAACCGCGCCGAACCCCGGUUCUGAGAUCGAACCGGCGUCCUGCCAGGACCGCCGAACCCAGGGGGCGGAGCCUGAGGGGCGGAGCCACGCCGACUCAGAGAGUGUGUGCGAAUGUUCCGGGCGUCCUCCCACCACAGCGAGUGUGCCGGAGGAACGUCAGGAAUCGGACACGCAGGAGGUGGAGGCGGAUGUACGGAUGCCGAUAGGAGCGUGCGCGGGCUCCGUGAGGACAGAUGAGCUCAGGCUUGAGGAAGAGUUUUCCAAAUAUUCGCAAGCCGCCAUGCCGGCGCAGGGUUCCGGCGCUUCCUGGGACGCCGGGGGAGAGGACGAGGAGGAGGAGGAGGAGGAGGAAGAGCAAGGAGCCCAGAAACCCGAGCCAGAGUCGGGACGGCAGGCCAGGGCGAACGGCCCGAGUCCUGAGGGAGGAGGACGUCGAGAUCCCCCUGAGAGUUCUGUCCAAAGGCCGCCGGGGAAAAGCCCAAAGGGCGUCAACAGGCGACCGGUUCCGCUUCGAGUGCCAGUCCAGCAGAACACCCUCAGCAACAGAGACGCCAUGUCUCUGCAGGUCCCCUCAAAGAGGCCCACGGGGGCCCCCAGGUUGAGCAGUACCCCUCGGACUGUGGCCCACCUUAACGGAGACCCUCUCUCUGUGUUUGACGAUAGCACCUUAAGUGACCUUUCGGACAGUGAAGGAAGGUCCCCACCGGCAUGCCACCGGCUGGACGAGAACACGGAGGGAGGGGAGAUGGAGCUGGCUGAGGACCUAGACGAGCUCACACAGUCGUCGGACAGCCACACGGACGACAUCGAGUCCCCGGCCUCGGGCUACCGCCACGCUGCCAUGCUCAUCCAGAAGUUAGACAACACCACGCUGGACUCUAGCAGCAUGAUGAAGCUGCAGAACAUCUUCCACGAGUACGAGAACUCCAUCCAGAAGGCGCGCAGUCGCCACGGCCACCUGAGCGACAAGGUGGGCCAGCUGGAGGGCGAGAGGCGCGAGCUCCGCGCCGCCCUGGAGGACUUCAGGGAGGCCAAGUCGGCCCUGGAGCGCCAGCAGCUGGAGCUGCAGACGGAGGUGGACAACCUCAGGUUCAAGCUGAAGCAGGAGCAGGAGAACCGACGUAACGCCUCCAUGCUGUACGACGGCAGCCGGGACAAGCUGCGGCGGGCCGAGGAGCAGCAGCAGGCGGAGGUGGAGGAGCGGCAGAAGGUGGACCUGGCCCUCCGGAGCCUGGAGCUGGAGAGGAGGACCCUGCUGAACAACAUGAAGCAGCUGGAAGAGGACCUCAGCGAGACCCAGAGGCUGCUGGCCAAGGAGCGCGGCGCCCGGGCCCUGCAGGAGAGCCUGCUCAGCAGCCACCUCCGCAAGCAGCAGGAGAUCGAGGAGCAGAGCCGCAGGAGCGUGAGCAGGAGCAACGAGGCGCUGUCCCAGCUGACGGAGGCCAGCGACCGGGAGAAGGACCUCCUCCAGCAGACGGCGUCGCUCCACGAGGAGCUGUCGGCGGCGCGCGGCGAGCUGGAGCGCGCCCGCGCCGCCGCCGCCCAGGAGGACGGCCGCCGGGAGGAGGAGCGGGAGGCGCUGACGGAGCGCCUGGGGGACGCGCGGCGCGACCUGCGGCUCAACGAGGAGGCGCUGACCCAGACGGUGGUUCAGUACAACGGGCAGCUGGGCGCCGUGAAGGCGGAGCUCGCCGCCGCCGCCGCGGGCCGGCUGGAGCACGAGCGGCAGGGCCGGGAGCUGGCGGAGGCGGAGGCGGUCUCGGCGCGCACGCGGCUGGCCGGCGCGCUGCAGGAGGCGGAGCGGUGCCAGGCGGCGCUCGCCGACGCAGAGAAGAGCCUGCUCCGCCAGCGGGACGAGACCCAGCGGCUGAGGGACAAGAACACGAGCGAGGUGGCGGGCCAGCGCGACGAGGUGGGCGGUCUCUCCCAGCGGCUGGCGGCGGCGGAGGCGCGGGCCAACGGCCUGGAGAACGAGGUGCACCGCGCUGCCCUGCAGCUGACGGAGAAGAGCCUGCUGCUGGACGCCGGCCAGCGGGAGGGCCAGGCGGCGGCCGCCCGCGCCCGGGAGCUGGAGGAGGUGCUGCGGGCGGAGCGGGAGCUGGGCGCGCGCGCCUCGGCCCGCCUGGAGGCCACCCAGGAGCGGCUGGGCCAGGCGCAGAGCGACGGCGCCCUGCUGCGGCAGCAGCUGGAGCAGGCGCAGAACAAGGGCGUGGCCACGGAGCGCGCCGUUGGCGACGCCCAGGAGCGCUUCGGCCAGCUGGUGGCCCAGCUGCGGGCUGACGCCGAGGCCCGCGUCCAGGUGGCGGAGGAGCGCAGCCGCGAGCUGGCGGGCAAGGCGGCCGACCUCCGGGAGCAGGUGUACAAGACGGAGGAGGAGAGGGCGGAGAGAGAGUCCAGUGUGAGGCAGCUUCAGCAGGAGCUGGCCGACUCCCUGAAGAAGCUGUCCAUGAGCGAGGCGUCGCUGGAGGUGAACACGCGCUACCGCAACGACCUGGAGGAGGAGAAGGCCCGCCUCUUCAAGGACCUGGACCGGCUCAAGGGGAAGCUGGACGAGAGCGAGGACCAGUACGUGCAGGCGGAGCGACGUGUCAACGCACUGAAGGCCACGCUGGACGACCGCGAGCGAGAGCUGGCCGCGGCCAAUCAGAAGCUCCGGGAGGCGCUGGCCACCUCGGCUGGCUCGGACGCCACCAUCAAGCUGCUGGAGGAGGCUGUGCAGAGGCUGGAGAUAGAGAACGCCCGACUGGAGGCUGCGGCUAAGCAGCAGGCGAACAAGAUCGAGGCGCUGCAGAAGGGAGUGCACGAGGCUACCGUGCCAUCCGACAGUCCCGAAGGCGCGGUCAGAGGUCGGCUGGAGGACUUGGUGACCAACCUUCAAGGCAGUAAGAUGACCCUGGAGGACCAACUCAACAGAGAGACUCAGAGGCAGAGCCAGCUGUCCCACACGGCCCAGGACUCCCAGGCCCUGUGGGAGGAGGAGCUGAAGAGCCGCUCCAAGCUGGGCCUGAGGCUGGCCGAGCUGGAGAAGGAGCGGUCCGAGCUCGGCAGCCAGAUGGAGACGGAGAAGAAGAGAGCCAGGAAGAUGGUGGAGCAGAAGAAGGCGGUGGACGGCAGGCUGGACCAGGAGAUGAAGAGGAACACGGACUUACAGAAAGAAAUGUACAGGCUGCGGACUCUGCUGAAGACGGCCAAGAAGAGGCUCAGGGAGCAAGAGGGCGGCUCUCCCAUGGGCAGCCAGAGGAUGGACACUCUGAGGCUCAGCAUGAGAGACAAGGCGACGGAGGACAUGGCGGGGCAGCUGGAGAGGGAGGCGUCCCGCGUCGGGCAGCUGGAGGCGGCCAACGCGGAGCUGAAGGAGCGGCUGGCCUCCAUGCAGGGCCUGGGCCGCAGCCACCAGCGGCUGGAGGAGCAGCUGGAGGAGGCGCGGCGGAGGGCCCAGGAGGCCGGCCCCGCCGACCCCGGCCAGGCGGAGAGGUACCGGAGGGAGGCCGAGGACCGGGCCAGCCUGCAGAUCCGCCAGAAGCUGGAGGAGGUCAACGUCUUCCUGCAGAACCAGGCGGCGUCGCAGGACGCUCUGGACCACAUCAAGUCGGCCAACGAGGCCAGCGUGCGCGCCCAGCUGGAGCAGCGGAUCCGGGAGCUGGAGGCGGAGCUGGGCAGGGCGCGGUCCGGCCAGCAGGACAGCCUCAGCCUGAGGGAGUCGGCCCGCGGCGAGCUGGACCGCUACCGGGAGCUCUACACCGACGAGCUGCGCCUCCGCAAGGCCCUGGCGGCCAAGCUGGACCGGGCCAACGACCGUCUGGCGGAGGCCAACGCCAAGCUCCUGGGCGAGCGCCACCGCAGCAAGUCGCUGAUCGCCAGCAGCAUGGCCAACGGCAGCCUGGGGGGCCCCCCGCUGGACCUGGGCUCCCUGGGCUCGCUGCCCGCCUACGGGGCCUCCCUGGGGGGGCUGGGCCUGGGCCUGGGGCCCGGGGGCAGCCCCCUGGGGGGCCGGCAGGGCAGCAGAGUGGAGGAUUACCUGGCCAAGAUGCAGAGUGAGUUGGAGAGAAACGUGACCAAGGAGCUGAGCCAUGCCACGGUGGAGCUGGAGGGAAGUGGGGGCUCGGCCCGGCUGUCCCCGCUGGGCUCUGCCUCGGCGGCGGACCCCCUGGACGACCCGGGAAGCCGCGCCACGCAGCAGUACCUGGACGUCCUGAAGAGGAACUACAUGAUCUGAGGGGGGCCCCCCCCCCCCCCCCUCCCCCUUCUGUGCCACCAUGCCUGCGACUAAAGAACGCUACGACCUUAUAUGGCCGGACGGAGCUUCUGCCACAACAAGGCAUCGAUAUUUAAUCAGUUCGUGACAAUCAACGCCAGUAUUGAGGGCGGGUAAGACUGGGUUUUGUAAAGAGGCUAAACGGCAAAGCGGGCGGCGCCGUCACCACCAUCAAGAUAUCUAUCAUCACCACCGUCGGUAGUCUGAAGCUCGCUCGCUCGCUCUCUCUCUCUCUCUCUCUCUUUCUCCCUCUUUGUCUGUCUGUCUGUCUCCCUCACGGACGCACAUUGCACUUAUCCACUCAGGAGCAAAAUGGCAGGGUUUUAAUGUUGUUAUUAAUGUUCUCCUUUUUAAAGGCGUAUGCUAUGCCAUGAUUUUAACACCCUUAUUAUCGGUGGGUACGAAGGGGGAAGUUGAUCCUCCUGAAUUGGCUGCUUGGGCUGCAACUCGUCCUGUAUGUUUUGGGAACGGUGUGUAUAUACUGUAUACGGUUUGGAUUAUUAUUUGUGUUCAUUUGGAAUUACAAAGAUUUAUCUUUGUAAUUGUUAUUAUUUGUUGUGCGCCAGUGGUGCCAACUAGAGAUACCGUUUGAUGCUUGCCAUCCGGUGGUGUGAUUACUGAAAUCCAGAUAAUUUGGUAUACGACUGAUAUUUGUGAUGGUUUUGAUUGGUUGUUUUUUGUAAAGUUACUGUACUGUAUUUGGAAUGAGACAAAAACAGAAUAAUCUGGAUACCCCCAAGCAGUUUAUGUUGUCAACAGUAAUUAGGUUUUGCUUUUCAGUUAUUUCAGGUUUUGUGUUAUCUUUCACCAAAAAAGUGGAAAUGUAUCAGUAUUUCCUUUUUGUCCUCGUACUUUCAUGACAUUUGUAGCGUACAAUCUGAGAAGGGAAUAUUUUAAACGCCUGUACAUUACAGAAGAACCUACAGUUGUAAAUAAAGUCUUUAAAAUAAGAUGAAAAAAGGUUUGUUACUUAUGAAUUUAUAAAAUAGUCAGAACAUUUAUUUAGUGACCAACAUUUUUAUUCCAAUCAUUUCACAUUAGCAUGCUCUUAUUGUAUUCAAGCAUCUUUGUUUUUGUUUUUAUAGUCGAUGAAUAAAGGACGACGGCACUCAUUAGCAA